AUGGCAACGCACCUAGAUAGCUACGAGACCGCCAAGGUCGAUCUGGUAGGCGGGCAUUUCCUAGUUGUCAAGAAUAUUGCCGAGCGCUUCGUGGAGCUGUUUGAUGACACGCUGUCUGCUCGAGUGAAGGAGGUGCGGCAGAGGGGUGGGGUGAAACACAGAGAGACGUCGUCCAAUCGCAAGAGUGCCCGCGCAGGCCGAUUGAAAGGGAACCACCACGUACUCACCAUGCAUGAAGUAAGCCGUCUGAAUGUGGGCGUGUUCACAUAG